UCAUACAACUCCUUGAUGGGUCCAAUCCCACGACAUCUCCUGGAUACUUAUUCGCGUAGUGCUUUCAACGGAAACAAAGAUUUGUACACUGAACCUCCAUUUGCACCUGUGAGUAGCCCCAUUCCUUUGAGGACCCCUCCUUCCUUGAGCAAGCCUUCCGCAGUGAUGUUAUCGCUACCUUGCCUUUUAGUUGUCGCUUCAAUUCUGGGGUCUUGCUUCUUUCUUUGGUGCGCAUUGAAGAGGGUUCAGCCAGAGGAGACAGUAGAAAAGGAUGGAAAUUUCUUGUCAAUAUGGAAUUAUGAUGGGAAGAUAGCAUAUGAAGACAUAAUUGCUGCCACGGAAGACUUUGACAUCAAAUACUGCAUUCAAAGAGGUGCUUAUGGUAGUGUGUACAGGGCGCAAUUGCCGAAUGGGAAGGCUGUAGCACUGAAGAAGGUUAAUCGCUCUGAAGCCGAGGACCCAAAUUUCAAUAAAAGCUUUCAAAAUGAAGUGAAGCACUUGACUGAAAUAAGACACAGAAGCAUAAUCCGGCUCUAUGGUUUCUGCUUGCAUAGGCGGUCGAUGUUCUUAAUUUAUGAGUAUAUGGAGAGAGGGAGUCUAUUUUGUGUUCUGAGAAAUGGCACUGAAGCAAUGGAGUUAGAUUGGGUGAGGAGAGUGAAUCUCAUCCAGGAUGUGGCACACGCCCUGUCUUACUUGCAUCACGGGUGUGCUCAGCCUGUUGUUCAUAGGGACAUAUCCAGCAGCAACGUUUUACUCAACAAUGAAAUGCGGGCUGUCCUAUCAGAUUUCGGGGCGGCAAGGUUACUACAGGGAAAUUCUUCGUCCAAUCUCACUUCAAACAUAGUAGGGACCCAUGGAUAUCUUGCUCCAGAGCUCGCUUAUACGCUCGUGGUCAACGAGAAAAGUGACGUAUACAGCUUCGGAGUAGUUGCAUUGGAGACUAUAAUGGGCAAGCAUCCAAGAGGGAUCAUAUCAAGUUUGUGGACAUCAUCGGAAGAUCAUAUAAUGCUACAUCAAAUAUUAGACCCGCGUCUGCCUUAUCCAAAAGAGAAUUCCUGGGCGAGAGAUAUAGCCAUAGCAGUCACUUUAGCGCUUGCUUGCUUGAGUUCCAAGCCCAAAUUACGGCCAACAAUGAAACAGGUGUCCGAGGCUUUUCUAGCUCGAAAGUUACAAUUAGCCAAGCCCUUUCACGCAAUUUCAUUGAUUGAGCUUCGCAUAAAUCGAGAGGCGUGGUUAAGAGACGACAGGUCCGAAACUUCACCGAGACUCGAACAGUAAAAUGUGGGUUUUCAACGUGGUUAUAAGCUGUAACAGCAGGUUCCAUUGGGCUGAAAGGUUUACUUUGUCGAUUGGGAUUGGAGUGAGAACUUCGUCUAUGUGUAUAUCUGAUGUCACAGAUUUAAUACGAAUGACGGAUGGACAAUAGUCCAGGUGCAAUACAGCCGUUGGAUUUUUCGUGAUAACGUGAUUGAUGAUGUGAUUAUUCCAGUCCAUCGCGGACC